UCCCUGCCGGCUGGGUGCUGAAGUUGAGCGGAUGGCAGCCAAGCAGCUCCGUUAGCGACCAGCUGCACCAGCCUUUCCCUGGGACCGUUCAGUGCCAAUCACACCCAUCCAGCCGGGGCCACUGGGGAACUGAAGUAGCUGACAUGAGAAAAAGGCAACAGUCACAAAAUGAAGGAACAUCUGCUGUUUCUCAAGCACCUGGAAACCAAAGGCCCAACAACACAUGUUGCUUCUGCUGGUGUUGUUGUUGCAGCUGCUCAUGCCUCACUGUUAGGAAUGAAGAAAGAGGGGACAAUACAGGAAGGUUGACCCACACUACCAAAAUGGAGAGCAUUGAGGUCAUAGAAGAGUGCCAAACCCCUACUGCAGAUGAAAUUUUGUCUUGGGCUCAAAAUUUUGAUAAGAUGAUGAAAACACCUGCUGGUAGGAAUAUUUUCAGAGAAUUUCUUCGAACUGAGUACAGUGAGGAGAAUCUGCUGUUCUGGCUUGCAUGUGAGGACCUGAAGAAGGAACAGAACAAAGAAGUGGUUGAAGAAAAAGCCAGGAUUAUAUACGAAGACUAUAUUUCAAUACUUUCACCAAAAGAGGUUAGUUUGGACUCACGGGUGCGAGAAGUGAUCAACAGAAAUCUGUUGGAUCCUAAUCCUCAUAUGUAUGAAGAUGCUCAACUUCAGAUCUACACGUUAAUGCACAGAGACUCUUUCCCAAGGUUUUUGAACUCGCAGGUUUAUAAGUCUCUUGUUGAAAGUACUAUGGAAUCUACUUCUGAAACUUAGGUCUCAUUUUGUGGGGUUGAAACCUUGACUUAGCUUUUCUCGGGAAGGUGGGGAGGACUAUUAGGAUGAAGACAACAUAAACAUUUAAGAGCAAUGGGGCCACUCUGGAAGUGCGCUCACUGUGUUCUGUCCAAACACACCUUUCCUCUCCAGGGACAAGUGCUUUAAGAAUGGUUUCUGCACUUUUGAAGCAGAAAAUGGCUGAACAUGGUGCUGACUUGCUACACCCUGUGAUGUCAUUAAGAACAUCCCCCCCCCCCCUUACUGGUGUAGUUUUUGCACAAAAAGGGUUUUUUUAUUAAGUAGUCAGCAAAGGAACAGAUAAAAUGCAUGAAUGUGAAUGCCUCAUUAAAAAUAAAUUAAGGUAGUAGACUGCCCACCUGCAGCAUUGGGGGAAGGGCAAAACUGACAGCUAUGCCAGUGUUUGAUUUGCUGGCAUAUAUGACAGUCAGUUCAGCUGCUAGGCCAAGAGGAAGUGAGGCUCACCCCAUAGCUGAAAGAUGUGCUGUGAGCCCUCUUUUUAUAUUACAUCUGUCUAUACCUUAGUAAUUUAAUAACAUCUGGAACUGAGUUCCUGGAGAACUACAGUUUAGCUCUACUCAGGCUACUGUGAAGUAAACAAAUAAACACAAUGGUCUUUGUCUACGUUUUACCAAGGUCUUUUAUGCUGGAGUUUGGAAGGGGGGUGGAGUUGCCAAAUCACAUUUCUAUCCACACCUUUCACAACUGCAGUUAAGAUUGCAGUGAUGUACUUGUUUAAUAAAGACUUUCCUUGUGUAUCCUCACACUGCAUGUGCAAAGCAAGAACAUUUCACUUGCCACUUAGUUGUUGCAUUAUUUAAUCCAACAACAUAAAUUAUAUCUAUAUUUAAAAACAUUUUGUGCAAUAUAUACAGGACACAGAAAUCAUUGGAGAGAGCCAGAAGGUAACGUGCAUAUUUAAAGAUAUGCUGACACUGAAGGAAGCCAGUCCUUAGGUGUAGCAAUACUAUUCCAAGUGCUCGGUAGAGUGAAAUUCAUUGUUAUGUCAAACAGACAAACAUUUCUAUAGAAGAGAGAAAGGCAGUUAUUUAUCACCAUUUAUUUAAAAUUCAAAACGGGAUUUCUCUGGCUGUUGACUGCCAAAAUGAUGGCAUUUUUGUUAUAGAGUUUAAAAUGUCAAAAACCCAACAAAAAGCACAAACCAUGCAAUGGGAUUCAGGUUGGGAUGACAUAAUCUAUACGCUGACAUUGUUUUAUUGUUUUCAGAACAGAGAAUCAGUGUACAUUUUAGAUGUCAGAUACUGUAACAGAUUUAUUAAAGACUGGCUAUCCAGUUACUUAAUACUGUUAUGUAAUGUUAUAUAAUACAGCAAAAAAAACAACACCCCAAACAAAAAUGACCAUACAUGCACAUAACCAAGGUUGAUACUUUAAUGUUUAUUUUUAAAAGUUUAAUUUCAAAGGCCUACAUGUAGCACUUCAGUCCUUACUGAGGACUAGCAUCUAUCUAUAAGAUAUUUUUUUCUUAAAAGUGCUAUUGUGCGAAAAGAAAGGUUUGUGUUUUUUCAACAAACUAAAACAAACCAUUAUUUAAUGGAUGACUGAAGAAGACUAAGUCUUCUGGCUUUCCGCAUUUUACAGGAUUCCUUGAAGAGUAGAAAAACCCAUGGAGUUGUAAAGGUUUAAUUAAUGUUCACCUCAAACUGUUUUGGCCCUACCGAUGAAGAGGUUCCUGGGGGAUUAUACCCUUUGCUGCUAGUUUAGUUUAUAGGCAGUUGCUUAGUGUUCUUUUCAGAUUUCCAUCUGUGUUUUGUCCUUAAAAAGAAAACACAUAAUUUACAAAAUCUCCUCUCUCACACAUACACACACAAAAUAAUUCUAAGUGAUGGUAUUCCUUUGGAACUACAUUUUAUUUUAAAAAAUAGGCCACUGAACAAGUUUAAGCCUUUAUUAUUACUAAGAAUGGUUGGCCUUAUGUCUAAAAAUAUUUGAUAGGCCCAGUUCUUGUUCCUUACAUCAAUCUGUUGAUGUGAGUGGGCUGAGUUUUUUUAACCUAAAAAAUUGCUGUGGUGCUGACCAGAACUGAGUUCUCAGAUAUUAGCCCCUUGUCUGCAAGGUAUUCCUAAGGGCCGAUCCCUGAGCUCACUACUGCAUGGAUGCAAUUCACUAAGCAUGCUGAUGUGGAAGCCCCAUACAUUUAAGUGGAAUUUAUAUUAAAGAGCACUCAGUGAGUGGCCCUUUAAAACUCUAUUGCAGAGGCCAAAGUAUGUUAGCAUAGCUAUUUCUUGGUAUAGAAUAACUCACAGAACUGGGUCUUCCCUUGUCUGUGACAGUGACUGUCCUUUCAGUGCCCAAAUAAUAACAAGAUAUUUAGCGUUACACUGUCCAGAGGUCUGCAGGUCCCAUUUUAAGUACUUCUUUUCUGACAAGUCAUUUGUUUGUUAGGAGGAGUGCUGUUUCUUUUUUUACUACCUCUUCAUAUUUAAUUUAUUAAACAGGUGUCAAAGGGAAGACAUGGGGAAAUUUUACUUAUUAUUUUACUUGAACUCUGUAUGCUUUUAAAGUGGGAAGGGAGGGAGACAUGGACAAUUUAGCUAGCAGUUUCUUAUGCUCAUUUGAUUUUGUAAUUUAUAUAGAAUUCAGGAGAUAUGACUUAAAAGGGCUAUUCUUUAUUCCCUAUGCAACUCUUUUCACUGUUGUAGUGUUUGACAAAAUGGAGGUUAAAAAAGAGACAAUUCUGCAAAGCAGAGGACAUAAAAGAUCUGUUUACACUGGCAUUGCUGACUAUCCUACCAUACUCAGCACUUUUAAAUAUUGUUGUUUAUGAAAUUGUAGUUUAAAAUGCAAGACAACUUAUUUAUAAAAGACAUUCUUUUAAUAAAUACCUGUUUUGUCAAAAAAGUGUUAUUGUGUUACGACAUACUUUAUUCAUGCUGGUUAGUUAGUUACCAUUAUGAAUAAAUUUUAAAGAUAUAUUGGUAUAAUAAUACCUUUGAAGAUGUUUACAAAACAAAAAAAUUUCCCCCUGAAGGAGGAGUUGGGGGGAAAAUAAGCAAAGAAUUGCCUCCUCCUACUGUGAAAUUCUCAUAACAAAAUAAACUGAAGAUACCUUUCUUUCCUAAACAAACUGAAUUAACUGUGGUAUUAUGUCUAUAGCACCACAGCUGAAGUUGUAACUAUGGUACUCUGUAUAUAUAGUUCUCUGUCUGUAUAUAUUUAUAUGGUGUGAAUUUAGGUUUGUUACAGUAUUUGAGAUACAAUUAUCUAUGGUGCACACAACUAGGUACUAUGUAAUUAGACAAUAUCGCAUGUAUACAAUUUUCAAUAUUUAGACUUCAUAUUUUUGAUGUUACUAUUUGAUGGUGACCUGUUAAAAGAGAAGCUAUCUUUAUAAGAUACUCUUAAUACAGUAGGCAAGUUGUCAGUUUGACAGAAUAUCUUUUUUUUAAAGAAACUUAGUAAAAGCUAAAUUUAAGGGCCUGAAAACACUAUCCUGAAUUCUAGCAUAGGACUUCCUUUUAUCUGUAUUUGGAAAUAUAUAACAUUUAAACCAACAUUUCAAAAAUUGGGUUGUUGUAAUAUUGCAAUGAGAUCAUGUUAACAUUGUGAUCCAAAUCCUUAUUUUUAAAGGAUUUGCAGAUUGACCAUAUGGGGUUCCAGACAUUAAAUGUUCUUCCUGGGAGUGAAUGUAUACUUUAAAUCAAUGGGAUACAUUCCUUUCACCAAUUUUUUACGCAACAAAAGAUGUUGAUAUUAACUUCUAUAAGAACAGCAAGAUAUGUUUCAUGCCAGUUUUGGAUACUUCAAAAUCUCUGUUUUCUGCUAAAAACUGGGAGAGAAGGGGGUUAGAGCACAACAUAAUCUCAUUGCUAUGAGUAUAUCUGCAAAAUGUGAGUAGCCAAUGACUCUAAUAACAUGACUGUGCAUGUAAUAUACAAUAACCUU